GAAGAGGAGGGAGGGGGCAGAGAGCGCGUACAGGGAGGGGACCGGAGCCGGAGGGUCCCGAGUCCAGCGCCUUGUUGACGUAGAGAAACUUUCCCUCUCGGCCGCGGAAACGGCGCCGCGGCUGUGCUGGCGGCGAGAUCGCCCUUCUCCGAGGACCCGGCAGCUCCCCACGACCCUGCCCGAAGCCUGACUGGACUGCAUCACUCAUAAGGAUAUAAAGUGUGAUUGGAGUGAACAUUUAUUUGGCUGAUCCUCAUCAUGAACCGUGCUUUUAGCAGAAAGAAAGACAAAACAUGGAUGCAUACGCCUGAAACUUUAUCAAAACAUUACAUUCCCUAUAAUGCAAAGUUUCUUGGCAGCACAGAAGUGGAGCAACCAAAAGGGACAGAAGUUGUGAGAGAUGCUGUAAGAAAACUAAAGUUUGCAAGACAUAUCAAGAAAUCUGAAGGCCAGAAAAUUCCUAAAGUUGAAUUGCAAAUAUCAAUUUAUGGAGUAAAAAUUCUAGAACCCAAAACAAAGGAAGUUCAACACAAUUGCCAGCUUCAUAGAAUAUCAUUUUGUGCAGAUGAUAAAACUGACAAGAGGAUAUUUACUUUCAUAUGCAAAGAUUCUGAGUCAAAUAAACAUUUGUGCUAUGUAUUUGACAGCGAAAAGUGUGCUGAAGAGAUAACUUUAACAAUUGGCCAAGCAUUUGACCUGGCAUACAGGAAAUUUCUAGAAUCUGGAGGAAAAGACGUUGAAACAAGAAAACAGAUUGCAGGGUUACAGAAAAGAAUCCAAGACUUAGAAACAGAAAAUAUGGAACUUAAAAAUAAAGUGCAAGAUUUGGAAAACCAGUUAAGAAUAACUCAAGUAUCCACAUCUUCACUGCUGCACAAAAUGUCUGCUCAUGAGCAACACGGGUCUCAGAGAUGCUCAUCCUCUCUCUGGCGUAGUAGUGAUGAUUCAUCUCCCUCUCUAAAUAUUUCUUCCAUUUCUGUCACUCCUGUCAACUCGCCUGAUUCCAGACUAUCAUUGGGACUAUUAAUACCACCACCUUCUAAAUGUGGCCUCCCCAAGCCAGUCAGUGAGAGCAGCAUCCCAAGACCUCAUGCAGGCAGUGUGACACCUCAGUCACCCUCCACUGACAUCUUUGAUAUGAUUCCGUUUUCUCCAACAUCACACCAGUCUUCGAUACCUACUCGGAAUGGCACACAGCCACCUCCUGUACCUAGUAGAUCUGCCGAGAUUAAACGAGAUCUGUUUGGAGCAGAACCUUUUGACCCGUUUAACUGUGGAGCAGGGGAUUUCCCUCCAGAUAUUCAAUCAAAAUUAGAUGAGAUGCAGGAGGGGUUCAAAAUGGGACUAACUCUUGAAGGCACAGUAUUUUGUCUCGACCCAUUAGACAGCAGGUGCUGAUGUCAAGAACAAGAGAUCCUGAUUCAUGUUAAAUUUGUUUAUAUAUAUAUCAUUUGUUAUUACUUUAAGACAGGUAUUAUACA